CCUGGUUUCACGUCUCUUUCUUCUUUCUUCUUUCUUCCUUGAUUGCUUCGCUUCGAUUCAUUGCCUUUGAUUGAUUGAGAAUUGAAUUGAAUGCCUCUUCUCUGUGCUUGUGACUUAGCCUCUGUGUUGCUUAAUUAACCCUUUUGGCCUUCGUUUCCAUCCACGUCCACUGCUCACUUGAACCAGAUCCACUUCCUCGCUUCGUCUUCUUCGUUUGGAGUUUCUAUUUAGCUCGAGAGUUGCAUCUCUCUUUUCUUCUGGUUCCGAUUCACUGGAACUUUUGAACCUUUUUCUCUUUACCAAAACCCCUUCCACAUUACAGAUCCUUUCAUUCUUCGUUGCUCCGAUUGAAUUGUUCGCCAUAGAUACAGACUUGUUCAAUCUCAUCAAGAAAACUUAAUCCUGACAUCGUUGACUGUACAGUCGGUGUUUCUUGGAGUAGUAGAAAAACUUCUGAUUUUUUCUUUUCUGCUUAGCCACCAAAUCUGGUCUUGGUGGUAUUUUUUUAUUUAUUUAUUUUCAAUCGAGCAUAGGAAUGUUGGGUACUGGAAUACAGUUUGGGCAUGCCCGCGGAGAGGACCGAUUUUAUGAUGCGGUGAAGGCGCGGCGGUCCUCGCAUAGCUUGGAAAGUGAUAAGUUCCGUAGAGCGCAUAGUGACGUUACCGCGAGUCGUCCAUCGCAUUUGUUUAAAGAGAGAGCAGUGGAUUCAGUAAAUGGAGAACCUGAGAGCCGGCUAGGAUCUGAAGAGCCCAAGAAGCCUGCUGCUGUGCCAUCUGCUACCAAACCCGCGUUGAAGCGAUUGAGUAAUCUUGAGCGGUUCUUGCUGGCGAUCACGCCUUCUGUGCCUGCUCAGUAUCCAUCUAAGACGGACAUUAGAGGUUUUGGAACUUGUGGCGGGGAAUUUCAGCCUUAUUUUGUUCUUGGCGAUUUGUGGGAAUCAUUCAGGGAGUGGAGUGCUUAUGGUGCGGGAGUGCCUCUUGUACUAAAUGACAAUGAUAGUGUCGUUCAAUACUAUGUUCCUUAUCUCUCUGGAAUUCAAAUAUAUACUGAUAUUCCGAAGCACUCUGCUAAAUCAAGGCAACUUGGUGAGGACAGUGACAGCGAUUUUAGGGACUCAAGCAGUGAUGCUAGCAGUGAUUAUGAACCUGCAAGAGGAUUGAAAUACACGGGGGAGGACAGGAAUCUUCAUCUGUCAGAGGAGGUGCACCAUAGGAUGGGCAGAUUGUCCAUGAAAGAUCACCAUACUGUCACUCAAGAUGGUUUUUCUAGUGACGAUGGAGAAUCUGUUAAUUCCCAAGGCUGCUUGAUUUUUGAGUAUCUUGAACGGGACCCUCCUUACAGCCGUGAACCUUUGGCUGAUAAGAUAUGGGACCUUGCUUUUCGUUUCCCUGAGCUGAAGACACUCAGAAGUUGUGACAUACUCUCUUCAAGCUGGAUAUCUAUAGCCUGGUAUCCAAUUUAUAGGAUACCAACCGGACCAACAUUGAAGGAUCUUGAUGCAUGCUUUCUGACGUAUCAUUCUCUUCAUACACCCACGGAAGGUUCACAAAGAUCACAAGCUCCCAUCAUGACACGACGUGGUGAAAUUGAUGGUGGGCUUAAAUUAUCUUUGCCUGUAUUUGGCCUUGCUUCAUAUAAGUUCAAGGGUUCCCUCUGGAUUCCUAAUGGUGGAAAUGAUCGCCAAUUAGCUAGCUCUCUACUACAGUUUGCGGACGAAUGGUUAAGGCUGCUUCACGUCAGUCACCCAGAUUUCCUGUUUUUCAGCCGUCGAUGAUCUUGAGGUGGCAGUGGCAUUUCAGCCUUCUCCAUCUAAGAUUUGGUCUUGCCAUUUCCGUACCAGCUAGGCCCAUGUAAGUACACCAAAUUGGCAGACAGAAAAGGAAAAAAAAAAGGUUUGGAAAAAAAAAAAAAAAAAAAGAGGCAGCAGCACCAAGCGAUUGCCAUAAACAGCCCUGUGUAAUGCCCUUCUGGGAGUUCUCUGAUAUAAAGCAAGGAAUGAGAAAGAUAGUGGGAAUUAGUAACAGCCAGAUAAGCUUUAGACAAGCAUCUCUAUUAAUGGUUCUCAGGGGGUGGGUAAUGGGGGGCGGAUGGAGCGUGAGAAGCUUCAGAAAUGCUGGCUUAUACCUGUCACGAGGUGGUUAUGUCGUCCCGCAUCAUUUGAAGGCACCAUUGUCUUUUUUGUGUUGGUAUGGUGUUUAAAGAGAACAGGCUGUAUUUUUUUGUCCUCCGGAUGGUAUAUAGGGCCAAGCUUUAAUUUAUGUUGGUACAAAUGUUGCGUGUUGCGUUGCCGGUGUUCGAAGUGGCCCCAUGUUUUUAAUUAAACGCCUGUAACUUUUGACACUUGUAUAACUUGUUUUAUAGGGUUUUUGACUCUUGAAUGUUGAUGCUAAUAAAAAAAAGAUCGUUAGGACUAAA